CGUCAGCACGUCUCGGCGUAAGAAGGAGAUGUUCCGGCGUGCCAUAAAGCUUCCGGCGGAGCCUGGGAGGUGGUGUCCUGCGUCUGACGCCGUGUAGACCUGGAACCUGAGCAAGCUCCGGAGGUGUCCGAAGGAAUUCCUAUAUUUGCUGCGGUAACCUUAUCAGCCCGCCAAGAUGGCGAUGCAAGCGGCCAAAAGGGCGAAUAUUCGACUUCCACCUGAAGUAAAUCGGAUUUUGUAUAUAAGAAAUUUGCCAUACAAAAUCACAGCUGAGGAAAUGUAUGAUAUAUUUGGGAAAUACGGACCUAUUCGUCAAAUCAGAGUGGGGAACACACCAGAAACUAGAGGAACAGCUUAUGUGGUCUAUGAAGACAUCUUUGAUGCCAAGAAUGCAUGUGAUCACCUGUCAGGAUUCAAUGUUUGUAACAGAUACCUCGUGGUUUUGUACUAUAAUGCCAAUAGGGCAUUUCAGAAGAUGGACACAAAGAAGAAGGAAGAGCAGUUGAAACUUCUUAAGGAGAAAUAUGGCAUCAACACUGAUCCACCAAAGUAGAUACUUCCUGCAUUUUCACGCUAGACUAAAACCCAUGGAUGGUCACAACCACCACCCCUUUUUCUUUUAAUUAAUAGUGAAUAUUGUGAUUUCUUAUUUCAGAUUUAAAAUGACCUGCUUGAAACUUUGAUACAUGUUAGAAUAUAUUAUGUUAAUAAAUUUGUAGCUUUUUGUAAAACA